AUGAACGAAGCUGAUCCAACCCACGUUGACUCGGCCGUCAGGUUAGAUGGCGCGGAGGAUGAUGACGUCGGUGAUAGUGACACAUCGAUAGGAGGCGACUUUGAUACGCGGCCAUUUGAUGGUGACGGCGGCAGUAUUGACGACGAUGGUGAGAGCUUCAAGCUCUCCAUAUUCGCAGGCGAACCGCAACCCGAGCAACAGGGAGAUCAACGCCUGGACGAUGGUGGACGGGCGGGUCCGCGGAUGCAAGAGCUCUCGUUGUGUGAAAGUGUGAAAGUAGCUUUGCUUGCUAUCUUCGCCGUCGAACUACGGAAGGAGCGAUACGGAUCCGGUGGUGGCUAG